AUGGGACAGUCGGUUAUUCCAUGGAAACUCCUUGAAGGUCUGGGUGAGAGCUCUGGUUCGAAGGAUGUCACUAAGAAAUACAUGAAUUUGGAGAAGCAACCAAAGUCCUUUGUCGAAGUUAUUGACAAUGUAUGCAACAUUCUGUUAAGCCAACUUUUGAAGUCGUGUGUUAAGGGAAAUAAGUUGGCCAUUGUCAUUCCGGAAGAGGAGUAUCUGUUGGGCUUAAAAGCUUGCAAACAUAAUCUACAUAGAGGGAUCUUUUGGAAAAAAGGUGCGACUCUAUUAACGGUUCAGAACUUAAAAAACAAGCUUCUGGCUAUAUGGAGUUCAAUAGGAAAAUGGGGGAUUACUUCUCUAGGUAAGGGAUAUUUUGAAUUUUAUUUUUCAUCAAUUGAAGAUGUUAGGCGUGUGCGAUCCAUUACUACAUGGAACCUUAAUCCUGGGUUAUUAAAGUUGUUUCCAUGGCCCAAAGAUUUUAACCCUUAUUUGCUCAAGCAAUUCUCGGCCCAGGUUUGGGUUCACACUCAUGGGCUGCCUCAGGAGUAUUUGAGGCCUAAAACCGUGUUCGCUAUUGCGAGUAAUCAGUAUUCCUUUGUGUACGGAUUCUGCUUCCAACAAGUGCAAAUUUGA